AUUGCUCAGCCGCAUCAGGGUCAGACCGGAGAGAGAUGCGAGAUACGAACUUUCCCUUCAAGGGCCCUGCGCCUCCAACGAAACAGUGGCGAUGGUGAAUGAUGAUGAAUUGUUCUCUAGGCUACAGGGUAAUGCAGAGUAAGUUUUCAGUUGGCGAGCGGUAUGGCUUUUUUUGGGGAGACUUUCUCCGAGUGGUUCACUGCCAUUGACGAUAAAGAGUGCUCGCUCCCGCCCCUCUAGAUGAGGAUGAUUCUUAAACUUCUUAUAUUCAAGUUCUCAAUAACAAUAAUACAGAUUUCUACAUUCAUUUUGUCCUCAUAAACCUUAGGCUAUCUGUUUACCCUUCUACUAUUCAUCUCACAACGGUGCAUAUUCCAAUAUCCAAUAUAUCACCAUGAUAGCAUCAGACAAUCCAUUCGCAGACAGCGCCUCUCUAGCAAAAGAGAAGGAAACUCUCAAGAGCUCCUCGGUCUCAGUUAUCUCAACUGAAACUGCAGAGACGCUUGUGAACACCCCAGCCUCUUUCACGCCCGGUCGCUCUCUAUUCAUCGACGCUCGUGGAAAGGCGCUUGUGCGCCUACCCACUCCAUCCUCACAGCUAGAAAUUCACAUCCACAACCCGGAUACAUCACUCGCAUACGUAUCCACACGCAAGAGCCGCUGCUCAGGUAGCUCCACUCUCUCAUCACCCGAGUGUGGCGACCUGCUAUUCACCGAAUACUUCUUCGGCCCCAAUAGGGAGCCCAGAAUUCAUAUUCUAACUGGGUCUGAGAAGGCGUCUCCAGAGGUUAAAAUUAAAGGGAAAUGGACGUCCCGAGCAACCAACUUUUCAUUGCCGGAUGGGUCGGUGUUUGAAUGGAGGUAUGUGAAGGAAUGUGGGCCGGAUGGGAAGAAGGAAGUGCUUGUUGUCCUAGAGAAAUUUGAAGUUUCCGGUCGGAAACGAGUGGCGCACCUGCUGCGGAAUAAACGGACGAGGCCACCUAACACGUCUCGGUGCACGGCAGGGAAUGGUGGGGAGCUUGUGAUUGGUCGAGAUACAGCGGAAGUAAUAGAUGAGCCGUUAAUUGUGGCUACUUGCCUGCUGAUGCUGAAGAAAGAGAUUGAUCGGCGGAGAGCUAUACAGGCAUGCGUGAUCUUUGGUGGUGCUGGUAGUGUGUAAUAUCUACUUUUAUCCUCUGAGCUGAGUCUACAAGAUGGCGUAUCUUUCCUUUCCUUUCCUUCUUUCUUUCUCUCUCUUUUUUACCCCUUCCAUUUCCUGCUCUGUCUUUUAAGUACCUUAUUUGGCUCUUUAGCUCCUCGUUUCUUGCGUUUACAAACAUUUAGUAUUGUACAUACAAUUUGUUAAAUUUCUUUGGGUAGAUGGACAAAUAAAAUUGGUAAAAUUGAACACCUAUAUCAUACACCGUGCCUUAUCAUAGGAUGGAAUCAUCCCCUGAUUCAUGCUACAUCCACAACCUCCACUCCAUUCAAAU